UUGACAUCAGGUUGACGUGUGGGAAGACUCUCAGUCUCAAAUGGCAAACGUACCGGUCCUGUCCACGGCUCAAGGUGGGCAAAGAGAUGUGGGCAGGGAAUUCAGAGACUCCCUCCCUCUCCUAGAUGUUCUCCAUGCAGAUCAGUUUGAAGGAGACAACUUUAACCCAGAACUCAUUGAGAAGACAGAGGAAGACUUUUACAGAGGCGCCCCUCCCAGCUGGUUAAACUUUCACAUUAGUGAGCAGGCGACAUUAGACGGCACGGGAACUCUCUUUGUUAAACGAGACGGAUAUGAAACACUUAAGAAACAAAUUCAGGAAAAAAGAAAGCUCCCUGGUAUAUCAACUGUUAAACUGUUCCACCAGUCAGGAUGUGGGGGCACCACGAUGGCCAUGCAGGUGCUGUGGGACUUGAGGAAAACCUUUCGCUGUGCUGCUUUAACAGGCUCUACCUCAGAUAUCACAGAAGUUGCGAAGGAGGUUAUCGAGCUUUUCACGGCAGGUAAUCGAGGACACCAGAACACCGUGCUGCUGUUACUAAAUGAUGAGCAGAUCCUAGAUAAUCUCCAAAGCAGCAUUAUUAGAAUGAUUGCUGAAAAGAAUAUGGUUACCAAAAGGCCUGUGGUGAUUUUUCUCAACUGUGUGAGAAAGGAAUCUGUUUUAAAGAGUAACUACGUUGUUUUACAGAGAGAACUGUCAGAUGCAGAAAAGCAGAGAUUCAGUGAGAAGAAGAAUGAGCUUGUCAAAAAGUACGGCAAUAAAACCAAGCAAUUCCACGGCUUUAAGAUAAUCCAAACUAAUUUCUCUCUAACCUACAUUAAGGAAGCAUGCACAGUAUUCAAAUCGGUCCAAAAAGCAAAAAGACCACUGAAGGCCCAGCUUGCGGCAUUCCUGUCCCUGCUGAAUGCAUAUGUACCAGGUUCAUACCUUCUGGAGUCUCAGUGCCUGGCCUUCCUCAGAAUCGGGGGCUCAAUCAAUGGAGACCUCGCGGUGGAAGAACUAAUGCAGCCCUUCAGUCAUCUCAUCAUCUCCUUCCAACAAGACGUAACAGCUGAGCGAAAAGUCCGCAUGGCCCAUCCCAUGAUAGCAAAGCGUUGUACUGAACUGAUGGCUGCAGGAGGCGUGACCAGAAGUGACACAGCGAGAAAUCUCCUGAAUAGUUUUUACAGCAAUGAUGAAGACACAGAUGAGUUCCCUCAGUAUUUACUUAGUUUUGUCAAAGACAUGCUAACCAGAAGAGAAACAAAAACAGAGGAGAAUCCAGUUGGUGGUUCAGACAGUAAAGAGGACAAAGAACGGUUUUCUAGACUCGUUCUCGAUAUUCAAAAGGAAGAGGGACGUACCCAGAGUGCAUCAGUUUUGGAGGUGGCAACAAAGAAAUUUCAUGGAAAUCCUUUUUUUCCACAGGCUCUUGCUCGUUUCUGCUGUAUAGAAAUAAAAGACUACAAGCAGGCCGAAAUCUGGGCAGAGACAGCAAAGCAAAGAGACCCCCAAAAUUCAUUUAUAGCUGAUACACUGGGUCAAGUCCAUAAAAACCACCUGAAGAGCAAAGGGGGUCCAGCCAGUCAGAGAGAGAUUCUGGAACUGGCUAAAAGGGCCAUUGAAGCUUUUAAGCAUGAAGAAGAACUGGCUGAAAAUGAACAAGGGAUGGACAUGAAGGAUUAUGGCUUCACUAAAGUUUCAACAGUUUUUAAUGUCAGUGGUCAGUUGGGUUUCUUGCAGGUCUGCAAUAUUCUGUAUGACCGUCUUGUCCGUCAAAACGAAACCUGGAAAAGUGUUCUGACAAAGAGGGUGUCCUUGAAAUCUGCCCUGGAAAAUCUCGGAGACACAAAACUAUACAAUUUCAAUGAUCUUAUAAACAGCCUCAGAGGAGAAGUUCAGAAAAAAUUUGACUUCUUUGAUAAAUAUCUGACGUACUCAAAGCUCAGCAUCGAGAAAAAUGAUCCCAACUACAUUUCAAGAGAUGCCUCAGAGUGCCACAGGAAGUAUGUUGGAGAUUUACCACCCAGAGAUACAUUGCAAAAUAUUGAUCAACUUAUGGAGAUACUUCAACAAAAACAGGCUGCUGGAGUUCUUGCAUGUUUUGACAGAGGAAACACCAAAUCAGAGAUUCAAGAGAUAACUUCAAUGUGGAGAAAAAUGUGCUCAAGCACAAAUCAAGGAACAGCAGUGGUCAACUACAUUCUUGCUCAUAUCAUGUCAGUGAAUACAGGAGUGACCCCUCCCUGUAAACGCAAACCUUUCACUGCGUUUAGACAAAUAAUGCCCCUGAAUAUUCAAGAUCCACCUGAAGAGCACAUGCUGGCACUCCUCUUGUGUUGGCCUUCAGCCAGUGAGGAUGAACUUGAACUUGAUCAAUUAAUCCAGCGCAUGCGCCUUUCUUACGAGAUUGCAUAUAAGAAGUACUUUCGAUCAAGAUACCUCCGCCCUCUGUUUUUCAUUGGAAAAGAAGAAGGUCUGAACAGAAUUGUUCACAGAAAAGUUCUUGAGAGAUUGCUUUCAGAGGAGAGUCAGGACACAGCACCAGACUGGACUCAUAACUGGAGACAUGAGAACAUUUUUGAAAAUCCAAAGGUCCAAGAGAUUCUUCGGAAAGUUGAAGGGGAGGUACAGAACUGCAGAGUGUACGCAAAUGUCAGAGACACAAAGAUUGAAGUGGAAGUCCAUCUGGAAAAAAUGCUCUGGAGACCACGCCGAGUUUCCUUUUAUCUUGGAUUCACCAUCAGAGGUCCUGUUGCCUUUGGUAUCCAGACCGAAACUCCAGACCAAGGGAUGGAUUCUUCUGGUCUCUCGGGUGGCGCGGUUGUGCCCUCCUUCCUCCACUAUAGUUGCAGUUCAGGUAUGAAAUGGUUGCUUUUUGUCUCUCUGCCUCUUCUUGUGUCUGUUUAUCAGCAUUUUGUGGAUGUGCAUCGCAUAGCUCUGAUUGACAGAGUCAAAGACACCAAACACAUCCUGGACAAGCUCUUGGAUAUGAAGAUCAUCUCAAGCGAGACUAACGACGAUCUCAGAGCCAUAACAAAGCUGGGGGCGGGGAGCCGCCUGGGCCAGGAAUUACCCGCCGGGCGAACUGUGGUGUUCCGAGGACGACCGAUCAGCGUGAGCGAGAAUCAGCCGCAGAAGCUCCCAGCCACCUGGAUCCGUGAAGUCCACGAGCCCGGCGAUCAGACGGAAAGGCCGCACGUUCCGACGGACGGAACCGGCUCCGUGCGCAGCGAGGCAGCGUGA